CGUCCCCCGGUAUUCCAGAGAAGGCGUGUGCGACGAGUCUCGCUCGCAUCGGGCUGGGGUCUUUUUAAACCGGGGCGAGUUGGUCUCCACAGUCAUUCACUCAUUAAGCGCUGGGACCGCAGGAGAGAAACUGCUGAAUUUGUGUGAAGUGAGCAGCUCACAACAGACUCACCAUCAUGGCAUGCUCGCUCAAGUGCGUCGUUGGUUUUGGGAUAUUCCUUGCUGUUCUAGAUAUUCUACAUGGCUUAGCUACCCUCGGUUUCUACGGUUACAGAUUCGUGGCCUAUUCCUUCUACCUGUGUCCUAGGGAUCUGGACAUCACAGUAUGUCAGAACAAACUUUACAUCUAUGAACAAUUGUUCACCUACCGCGUGUAUGUCGGACUGGGCGAGGGAGCCAUCACUCCCUUCUUCGUCAUGAUUUAUAUCAUAGCUCUGAGUCAAGGUAAGGAUAUGCAUAUGCCGUGGCUAACUUGGUUCUGGCUCCUGAAGUCCUUUGGAGUGAUGGGCAUCAACGUCUACUACAUCUCUUACUGGGUCGUCCGACGCAAGAGUUUCGAUCACAUCAAUUAUGAACCUCAGGACUACGAGAACCACUUCCUGUACUUCGGAGCUGGACUGACCCUCGCCCAGUUACUCAUCAUGCUUCUGUUCUGUCUGGUUGGUGGCAUCUUCUCAUACAAGGUUUGCGAGGAGAACCGACGCAGCAGAAGGAGCCUGCACACGGCGAAGUUCCGCAAGAACGGCGGCCCGACAGCCCCUCCAAUGGACUACGACGAUGAGGCGGCCAUUGUCCACACUAACAUCGACGAUCAAUUCAUGAACCAGGGACUAGCGGACAGCACCCACAAGCUCCCACUGCCAGGAUCUUCCGGUAGCAUCGACAAAGCGGGAAGAGCAGAAACCCUUAGACAUCCCAGUGAACGCUAAUCAUAGCAUUUUAAAACCCUCUACAAAUUGAUUUAUUUUUUCUAAGAGUAUAUAGAGUUAAUUUUACUUACCGCAAGAGAUAAACCUCCCCUUUUGAUACAGUCAUCUCUCUUCGAAGUCGUUCGCCUCCCCAAGGAGUGAUAUGAUCUUUUUUUUUAGACUAUGUUUUAGGAUACAGCCAUAUCAUUGCCAGUCAUUAUUAUUCACAUAUACAGUUAAGUCUGAGUUGUAUGGUGAAUUGAAGGCGUUUUUAUAUUAAGUGUAUAAAUAAGUUUUUCAUAUUUGAGGUACUUGUACUUUCAGUACUAAAGCUUUAUUUUCAACUUCCUGCAAAAGCGUCAAAGGAACAGUUUUCUUGACUUAACGAAUUAGAGAAUUUUUUUUAGUCAUUUUCGAUCUGAGUGAUUCCUGUAAAAUUGCAUAUCCACCUCAAGUCAGUCCGUUCAAUACUUAGACCAGCAUGACGUUAAGUGUAGGGAGUUAGAACAAGGAUCAUCUAUAAUUUCUUGAUCUCAAAUGUAAGAAGAGAGCAAAGGGAAAUGGCCUCUGAGUUCGAACGGCUCUCCCGUAUGUGAUGAACACAGAAAAAGAUGAACGAGCCAAGGUCUAAGUGUUUCUAUGUAGCUUGUUGAAUCAGAAUGUUAAUGAAAGUAUCAGAAGACGGUAAAUGCAGACAAAGCGUAGGAGAUUCGUUUCGAAAUGAGGGAUAACUUACGAGGUAAUUACCCCUCUAUAUUUUGAAACGUAAGAAACAAGUUGACGAGAAAAUCUCUUCUCUCAUUCUCCAUUUGUUCUUGGAAAAAACACGACAAGUUUUCACAAAUUCAUUUUUGUAUUACUUUAUUUAAGGUACCUUUUUCCAUUUGUGAGUCAGACUUGGCGAAUGGGAUGUGUGUAAAGUAAGGUAUUUUCUUAACAAUAUUUUUAACGAGUUUGUUCCCAAUAAUGAUGUUGGUUCAGUGGUUUUAGGUCAAGCUAAAACGGGACACUGACACCAGCGUAUUAGUGCCAAAGACAAACUGAUACUAGAUGCACACUUUCAUUCUUAUUCCUAUUAUUAGUCUCUUGAAAUCUAGUUCAUACAUGUUUAGUUGGCUUUAAAAUGAAUCAUUGUACAAAUAGUGGAGGACAUUCGUCAUCGAAUAUCCACCAGUGGUGAUAAUAUAUAGGGCGAUGCUAAAUUCAAACCACGAGCUAGAAAGUCAAGGAACUGCCUUCUCUUAACGAGGCAGUUUCAUUGUCUUCAGGCAAUUUCACUGUACGAUGACCCCGUUCAUCGUAACGGCUUAUGUGAAUUAACAACUGUCAAAGAAAAUCAUCGUUACGAUGAAACAGAAACAAAACAAGUGCGACAGAUGAAAUGUCUCUAAUGUAUUAUUUCAACAAACACAACCAAAUUCCUUGUUCCCAACACGUACAGGAUCUGGGCCUUUUCAGAUACGGUGUUAGAAAUUUGGUACGGGGUGACUCUCGACCCUGAGGGCCGAUAUGUCCAAAGUAAGCCUGAAGUCAUUAAAAGAACAAAGCUAAGCCAUUCAAAGCAACCUAUCAUAAACUGGUUCCUUGAUGCUAAUCACAAAAAUAGUUGCCUUCAUAACUGAUUAUUUUUUAAGAUUAUUAAUUUAUUUUUCCUCCAAAACCUGUGUUUACUUUAAGCUUUGAACCAUUAUACGAUUGCAUGUAUGCCUUUUUGCUUAAAUUAUGCAAUUUAAACCAGCCGUAAUGAGCAAAUUAGGCAUGUAUCUACAUUAGGCCUAUUGACUUUGUUCCAAUUUUUCUGAAUUUAAAACCCACCAAAAAAGUCUUACAUUUGUUCAGUGACAAUUUUGAAUUAAAACUCCUUGUGAGAUUUGCUCAAGGGAGUUGAAAGCAUUUCUUUUAAUCAGACAGUUUCACUUCCUUUCGUUGAAACGAAAAAAAAAAAACCAGAAGCAUUUUUUACCAGAAAUAAUAAGUCAAUUAGUUUGUGUAUAUAUUAGAUGUAAAUACAUUAGGGAUGACUUUUGUAUAUUUUGGUUGUGUGACAUGUAUGAUCUUCAAAUGGACCUCCAGUCCUUCUCCCCUGCUCCCAAGCCCAACGCUUUUCGACAACAAACAACCCCCCGCCCCUCCUCCUCCUCCUCCUCCUCCUCCCCACAACCAUGCCUUCUGACCCACCUACGAACCCACCCAACCAAACCAAAAACCAAUUUUUUAUACUUUCCUUUUAUAAUAUUUAAGUAUUAUUGAAAGUACAUUUCUCGUGAGUGUCUUGUAUUUUGUAUGGCAUCCAGUGUAACUGGACAGGUCCUUUGCAACAAAGUAGUUGCUGGUUAUGAAAGCCAGAGAGUCAAAAUAAAGUUUGCAAAGGACCUGUUUUUCUAUUGUAAUAAGACGAUUUACAAAAAUAAAACGAGUCGAUAAAUA